AUGUCUUCUGACGAGAUAUCCUUCGAGCUGUAUAGAUAUGGUCCAUCUCUGGCUGCGGCAAUGACUUUUAUCGCCCGCUUUCUUCUCGUCACGAUUGUUCACGCUUACCAGAUGUUACGCACUCGAACAUGGUUCAUUAUCCCAUUUGUUAUAGGAGGCUGUUGUCAGUGGAUUGGAUACAUUGGGUUUACCAACUCGCAUAACAAGGACGCUGAUCUGAUCCUUUCUAGAGGGCCAUAUCAAGCACAGAGUCUCCGAAUUGGACAUUGCCGCGCCAUUGUCGCUCGUCAUGAAGGUGACUGGAUUUUGCAAAACGCGAUGUUUGGAGUGUCAAUAAACCAAGACAGUUCAUUGAGGACUGAUCAGGAAAAAGCUCAGACAGUCAGGAAUGAUUUGGACCAGGAUGACACCGAAACUCAUGCAUCCGAAAUGGCUAACGGCGCUCUGCAUCUUGCUGCGUCGCAUGGGAACGCAUCGGCUGUGGUGUCGCUACUCGCAAAAGGCGUAAAUCCGAACCAAAAUCAUGCCUUAUAUGGAUAUGCUCUGAUUGCAGCCAUAUUCGGUGGGCACGUGGAGAUAGUCCGCCAUUUCGUCAAACAUGGCGCUGACUUGAACGUGCAGACCCUGGUCGGUGAGCCUCCUGUUGUGCUUGCUGCGCAGAGAAAUAAGAAAGACAUAGUAGACUUGUUGGUGAAGGAGGGCCGUGUUCAGGUGAAGAGCAGCUUUAAAAAUGGGUUGACUGCCUUGCUAUGGGCUAUGAGGCGGGGAUGGCUGGAUACAGUCCAGACACUUCUUGGACGAGAGGAAAUCGACUCAGAUUCAUUGACAGCAUGGGGAGACUCACCGCUUGCAGCAGCGAUAAGGUGUCGGCAUGAUGACAUUGCUCGCUUGCUGAUAAACCGACUUGAUGUUGGCUCUCAACUUCGUUCUGGCUCACAGGGUCAAUUAUUGGCCGCCGCCAGAAGGGGCUCCUGUGAAAUCACGAGCUUACUACUCGACAGGUAUAAGCUCGACCCAAAUAUUCCUCUCAAGGCCGAUAAAUCUCUUUUAGGUCUUGCUGUAUUCUGGCGACAGAGAUCUAUUGUAAAUUUACUUUUAAAGCAUAAGGAUGUCGAUCCAAACUAUAGACAACAAGAUACACAUCAUACACCUUUAAUGAUAGCAAUUGAUAAUGGCGAUACCGGAAUGGUAGAGCUGCUCAUUGCUCACAAGGGCUUGAACCCAAAUCUCAUACCCAAGGGGUUCGCGCCGCUAGCAAGAGCUGUUCUGAGGCGACACGAUCAAAUGGCUCAAAGUAUUCUUGGCCGAACUGAUAUUGAUGUCUCUACCAGAGUGCCCCUGACAGGUGCAGCAGGACGUUCACUUAGUAUGCUGGGUCUAGCUGCAUUGAAAGGUACACAUGUGACUCUACGCAGUCUUCUCGAUCGUCCUGAAAUCGGAGACCCAAACGAGGGAGGGGAAGAAGAGCCCACGCCUUUGUUCACUGCGAUAUCCCGCGGCAAUACUAGUGUGGUCAGAGAGCUCCUCAAGCAACAUGACGUGGACCCAAACAGGCCUUCAAUGAGCACAGGUCUGGAGAUGAUGACACCGCUCCAGCACGGAGUUAAGCGUGGCAACAGGAAGAUAGUCAAGUUGUUGCUGCGUCGAAACGAUUUGGAUGUGAAUAAAAUUGGGGAAAACAAUCAUACGCCUCUGGAGCUUGCUGUCCUGAAGGAGGAAGCACCCAGACUCAUAUUUCUCCUGCUUACAAGAACGGACAUUGAUGUCAAUAGAAGAUCCGAAAUUCGCAGACAAGAAUACUUGGUCAAGACUCAUCGCAUGACUACAGAGCUGAAUAAGCUGGCCUACAACUUCAAACCAGUACAUGCUAGAGGAGUUGGACUGGGAGGCGGAGAAACGAUACUUUUGAUCAACGCAAAAAAAGGAAGGGAGAUGCACGGGAAAGAACGCCACUUUGGUGGGCGGCUCGGGAGGGUCAUACAGGUGGUGGAACAGCUCCUUGAGCUCGGCGACAGAAUCAAGCCAUCACUUGUUAACGUAAAUAUUCAGGAUGUGGAGGGCUGGUCACCUCUCCUCUGUGCUGUGAAUGGAAGCUACAAGCUAAUCGUUUCCGCGCUCCUUAAGAGGCCCGAGAUCGAUUCAAAUCUUGCCAAUGAGGAGAGUUGGACGCCCUUACAUCUGAGCGUGGCCCGAGAAAAUGAGGGAAUAGUGAAGCGACUGCUGGCACACCUCAAAACGAAUGUCUGGACAAAGCUAAAAGUCGGUCGGACGGCACUGGAACUUACUGGUCCUACUCAGAGGAGGAUAUUCAAUGCAGUGAAGGCUCGUGAAAAUCGAGACGCUGGGCGACGAUGA